UAUCAUUCCAGUGAAGAAUACAAAUAAACUGCAGACUAUUCUGAAACCAUACAUUAAAAAUGGCAUGCAUAAUUGUGCAAAUGUCAUCCAGCUUCACGCCGAGAAACGAGGUCAACCGGGUUCAUGAGGAAGAGAAAAGAAACACACAUUUCAAGUUAUUUAAUUCCGCUUUUAUUUUCAAAUUAAAGGGCUGCUGAUUCACGAGUGAGACCAGCUGAGAUCAAUGGAUGGCAGCUGUCUUCGCAAAACCUCGUGUACCCCGAUAAGUAAACACGGGCACGAAUGAACCAAACAGGUUAUGAAGGAGGAGACAAGUGUGGACGAUUCCUUGUUUCCUAGACAUGGGUGGUUCGUUCUCACCCAUCCCUCAUGUUUUCUGCACCCCCACCCCGCCUCCUUUAUAAACACACAAAUACAGGAGGAGGAGGGUGAGGAGAAAUGUAAGUGGAUUCUCCAACACCCGGCUCUCUGCAGCUCCCUCUUCGCUGUUGCUCCGCAUGCGGCGCUCCGCAGUCAACACCGGCUCCAGUUUGUAGGCAUGUCGGCCGGUGGCUCUGACGGGACGGCGGACAGGCAGGCAGAUCUCGCUGCAGAGGAUGAAAGCCCAAACCAAGCGGGCUCCUCGCUGCCAGCUGGCGAGCUGCCAAGGAAACGGAAGGGAGAUGUGGAGGAGAGGUCAGGCUCCCAUGUACAGUAAGAGUGAUGCACAGCGUCGACCUCCAAUUGGAUGACGACCUCAGCGGAUCUGAUGAAGACGAUCAGCAGGUCAAAAUAAAAUGCUUCAGGGAGCCUCACCGACAGAUCGAGAAGCGGCGGAGGGAUAAGAUGAACAACCUCAUCGACGAGCUGGCCGCCAUGAUCCCCGCCUGUCUGCCUUUGGCUCGGAAACUUGACAAACUCACGGUCCUGCGGAAGGCCGUGCAACACCUGAAAGCCCUCAGAGCUGGGACGAGCAGCGCCUUUACAAACACCACCCACAAGCCUUCAUUCCUGCCUCACGAAGACCUCAAGCACCUUCUGCUCAGGGCUGCGGAUGGUUUCCUCUUAAUUGUAAGUUGUGACCGGGCUAAAGUCCUGUUCAUCUCCGAGUCUGUCUCCAAGAUCCUCAACUUUAACCGGAUUGAGCUGACUGGGCAGAGCUUGUUCGAUUUCCUCCACCCCAAAGACAUCAGUAAAGUGAAGGAGCAGCUGUCGUCUUCGGAGUACCCUCGCCAACGCCUCAUCGAUGCUGCCACGGGGGUUCAGGUCCAGGUGGAUGCCCCCGUCAGGCCGCCCCACCUGUCCACCGGGGCCCGGAGAUCCUUCUUCUGUCGGAUGAAGCACAGUCGGUUGGCGGGGAAGCAAGAGGACACACACCUGCUGCCCUGUGCUCUCAAAAAGAAAGACGCUUACAGAUACUGUACCCUCCACUGCACCGGGUACAUGCGGAGUUGGCCGAGCAGCCAGCUGGACUCGGAGGGUGACGCCGAGAAGGAAACCUCGAACCUGACCUGCCUGGUGACGGUGUGCCGCCUCCUCACCCACGUGCCCAACCAGCCUUCCAAAGACAUCAACAUCAAGCCCUCCGAGUUCGUCACCCGCUGUGCCAUCGACGGAAAGUUCACUUUUGUAGAACAACAAGCCACGACAGUCAUCGGUUAUUUGCCGCAGGAAGUUCUCGGCACGUCCUGUUACGAGUACUUCCACCAGGACGACCUGCGGCACCUCGCGGAGAAACACAGGCAAGCAGUUCUUCGAAGCAAAGAGAAGAUCGAGACGCAGUGCUACAAGUUCAAAACGAAAUACGACUCCUAUGUUUCCCUCCAAAGUCAGUGGUUUAGUUUUACCAAUCCAUGGACCAAAGAAGUAGAGUUUAUCGUCUCUUCAAACAGGGUUGUCCCCAGGGGGCCUGGUCACACAAAAGAUGAGGAAGCAGACGGCUCAAAAGCACCUCAGGAGGACACAAAGCAGUUACCCAUAAUCCCCGGACUUUCCAAAGGUGUGGGCACUAUGAUCUACGCGGGCAGCAUAGGGACCCAAAUUGCAAAUGAGCUCAUCGACUCCUACAGGAUGAACUCCUCUCCAUCCAGCGGAGCGUCCAGUCCGUUUGGCCCGGCCCAGGAGAAAUGCCCACUGAUUUCCCCACAAACCAGCAACAGUGUGUCCAGCAGAGAGGAGGCAGCAGGCAGUUCUUCACAGUCCCAGUCGGACUCGAGGAGAGCAGCGGGCGCCGGCAGUGCAACUUCUGAAAGUUCAGGCGAGCCGUCCCAGCUGGCCUUGGACAGCAUGGUGGUGCCGGGCCUGAGCAGCUUCAGCAGCGACGAGGCAGCCAUGGCGGUCAUCAUGAGCUUGCUGGAGACGGAUGUGAACAUGGGUCAAUCUGGGGACUUUGAGGACUUGCACUGGCCUUUCUAGGGGACGGGCAGACUUUGAGCUCUCAUGCCUGUGGCAUUCUCUCGGCCGUGCACGUGUCCCUUCGGUGGCCGACUGAGCCGGCCUUGCGCAAUUUGAACCCACUGGACUCAUAGCAAAGGUCGAGGCGCGUCAUGCUUGAGAGAGCCUAACGAGGGUCUAGAGGAAUUAUUGCAUCAAGAAAUGUGAGGUUAAAGUGUACCCGGAGCCUGUGGUGAUUCAGUGUCUUCCUCAGUGACACUUCAGACUUUCCACGAUGUAUCCAUUCGUUCUGCUUGCCCCCGUGAGGAGAAUCAGACUCCUGCCAUGUUUACUGCUGCUAGAAAAACUCCUCAAACCUUUCGACAUCUGCCACGCCCAGUGAUGAAAUGCAUUUUUCUCAGGACAUGGUCUGAUUUGUUCCAUUUUCUUUAAUUUUUUUUAAUGCUGUUAUUAUUUUUAUUUUUUUAAAGGUCUCCUUUCGGACACACGUUAAGUCAUGUUUUCUCGAUAUUGUUUCCAGUAAGACCUGAAAAAGGCAAAUAAGACUGUCUAUCUCUUUUCUUCUGUCUGGAGAAUUAAAAACUCAUGAAAUAUGCAUGAGGCAUUGCACCAUCACCACUACCACUAGGGGUCCAGUUAGCCUCCAUUCGGAAGAUUAUAGCUCGCAAAACCAAACUACAUUAACAGUUUCUUUUCAAAUAAGUCGAGAUGCUUCAAAUGUCUGCGUUUGGAAAUUCAUAAGAAAGCAUGUCUGAUUUUGUCAGCACACAAUUUUACCAGCUAGCUUAAAAUUGCUAACGGCUUUAAUGAGUGCUAACACGAUCAAAAUCGACGACGGAAAUGUGUUUUCAAGGAAAGAUCUUUACUUUAGGAACUGUUUUUAAUGAAAUGAAUACUUGAAUAUUGACUCCUGUUUACAGUUUUGGUCCCAGGAUAAGUCGUUGUGGAAAUAAGCUCUGCAUUACAAUACACUGUUCAAUAUGCAUUUGAAGGGUUGAUUCAACAGUGGGUCAAAAGGAUAAAGAUGGAAGCUACAGACCAGUGUGAAAGUGAACCACCUCAUUACCUGGCGUCCAGACAGACGACAAUGAAAAGAAGGAACAACACUGUUCCUGUAAAGCCGGGGAGGUCUUGAUUCACUUUUCACUGUGCAAUCAUUAUAAAGCAAAAGCAGCAUGUGUAUACAACAUUCAGUGGCAUGUGUGAGGGGAGGGACAAAGGAUCAAUUCAGUCUGUGAGGUUCCUCGGAAAAUAGAAAGAUGAAACUGAACAUUACAACUUUAGUUUGUUAGUCGAUGCAACCUUCACUGAAAAGUAUUUUUUUAAUAUGCACAAUGAUUGGCUACCAGUUGUGCUGUUCCAAACAACAGCCUGCUAGGUGAAACUCUCAACCAUUAAUACAAUAUUAGUAUAGGGGAAAAACACAUUCUUUGGGGUAAAGUGUCUGAUUUCAUAUUGAACGUGCACAUCAGGAGUGAGCUCUAGUAUGUCCAUACUGUGGUCACAUAGCAUAUAUUUACUGUACUUCAUCCAUUGUGUACUGAACUCCUAGGAAUAUGUGGAUGGUCCAGUUAUGGAGGGGAGAAUGUUUUCCCGUAGUAACCAGGGACAAGCCAACAUGUUUUUAGGUUGUCAUGUCUUCUGGACUCCCUCUCCUAAUAUCUGGCCCCAACAUAGUGUUUGAACCGCCUUACACUGCACAGAAAUUAGCCAUAGAUUUGCCAGGAAAACCCUACUGUUGCAGUCCAUCUAUGUCUGAAUGUCCCAUUACCGCAACAGCCUCUUGUAAACGAAAAUACCUAUACUAACAGCUAAUCUGGAUCAAAUCAGUUGUUGGGUGUCUCUUUUUUUUUUUUAAACAUCCGUUGUCAAAAUCAAAGGGGAAAAUGAGGAACUCAUCAGUGGAGAGGCAGAAACGGGAGACAUGUUUGAACCCCCUCACCAGCCUUAAAAAAAAAAAAAAAAAGCCAAUGCAAGACAGCCAAAUGACAUGUUGAAGGGUGGUGGCCAUGAUCACAUUAUCAAACUAUUUAUUUUCAGAUGACCUUCACUUCGAUGAACGCCAGUCAUCGGCGUUUUUACUUUCAAACUCGGUGACGGGCCUCUUUACGGCACCUGUGAACUCUGGUUAUAUCACUGGUUCCUCUAAUCUUGAAAUCAUCAUGUGAUUGUGUUGCCUUGAGCACAAUCGUAAAUCAACCGUUAUGUGCUCUCUUUGGCUUAAAAGCGAAACUGUUUGACAAUAUUUGCUGCUGUCUUCGAAACUAUUUGUCAUGGACACGACAGCAGAACAUGUGUUGCUAUGAAAAGACAAAAUGUCUCAUAUUUGUAUGUGAAAAUUGUCGUCUAUGUUUCUGCUUUAUCGAGGAAUGGAGGUCUUUAAAAAAAUAAAACAAAUGAUCCACGUUC